UAAAAAAUUAAUUUAGAUAAAAUAAGAAAUAAAAAAAUAUAAAAAAACCCUCAAUUUAUCAAAGUUCUAAAUCAAAUGAAAAACGAAUAAAUAAUAAUGAAGAAUAUCCUUUUCUUGGUCUAAACUAGCUAAAAAACUCUAUUUAGCUAAAGAAAUCUGCUAAAUAAAUGGUUUUAAGACUCAAUUAAGAACUACAUCAUGGAGCAAAUGGCCUCUUCUUUGAUUGCUUAAGGUCUUAAAUGCAGCUCUUCUGUGGAAGUGAAGUAGUUUAUCCGCAAAAACAUUGACAAAUCUAAACCUAAGUACAUGGGGAUUAUUGAAUAAUACUUUUUUUAUGUUGAUAAAUUUAAUAAAGGUCAGGCUUUUAUGGAAAAGCUAAAUUAAAUAAUCUAAAAUCCUAAAGAUAUCACAUAAAAAGAAAAUAAAUAUAAUGAUUUAAAACUUGUGAGGAAGCAAUUUGUAUGCUUACUCCUUUUGAAGUUUUUUGAGUCAUAUGGAAAGAUAGAAAUUACCUCAUUUUAUCAACUUUGGAACUCCUGCUUCCCAUAAGAAAUUCAAACAAAAAAGAAACUCUCUAAAUUCGAUAAAAGGGAAGAUAAAUAAAUAAAUAAGCGUAAAUAUACAAAAAAAAUAGUAUAAUCGGAUUUAUCCUCCUCCUCUAAUUUGUAGUAGAGUGUUACUUCUCUCAAUUUUUCAACUUAAAUAGGAAGCAUUAUUCAGGAGACUUCUACUGAUUAAAAUUCUGCAAGUAUAAAUAAUCUCGAUUAAUCUCAUGUAACUUUACCUAUCUAUGAUGAAGAGAAUAAUAAUUGUAUUUAUCACUCUUAAAGAUAACCAAUCAAUAACGGAAUAUUUGAUGAAGAUAGCCAAGAAGAGUCUUUCAAUUAUUACGAUCAAAUAAUAAACUAUAAUACUUUUUGUUAAUAAGGAAUAAAUUCUUGUCCUUUAAACUAGGUUCCAACCAUACCAGAGUAAAACAAAAAUUAAUAUGAUUUUUGCUAUGAAUAAUAAGAUUAAUAUUAUUAAUAUAAAAACUAUUAUUAUUAACAUAUAUCCUCAGAUUUUGGAAAUUAACACAAUUUCUUAUCUUAACAAUUAAAUACUUAAGAUUAAUUAAACAUAAUAGACCAAGAUGAUUAAUAAUACGAUCAACGCUGCUUCUUUAUACAUAUGUGA